AAGAGGGCCCCUGGAGAGUCCUUUUCCCUCCUUCCUCCUCCUCCUCCAAUACAUACUGGACCCAGCAACUGCUGAAACCAUGGCCCUUGGUGUCCUGUGUCUGGGCCUUUCCCUGCUUGGGGCCCUGCAGAACCAGGCCAAGGACCCAGCUCAGAACUUGAUCCCUGCCCCAUCUCUGGAUAAGGUCUCCCUGCAGCCCAACUUCCAGCACGAUAAGUUCCAGGGGAAAUGGUAUGCCGUGGGCCUGGCAGGCAAUGCGGUCCAGAAAGACAAACAAGGCCGCUUCACAAUGUACAGCACCCAUUAUGAGCUGCAAGAGGACAAGAGCUACAACGUCACCUCCAUCCUGCUCAGGGACCAGGGCUGUGACUACUGGAAGAGAAAUUUUGUUUCAAGCUCCAAAGCUGGCCGGUUCACCCUGGGAAACAUUCACAGUUACCCUGGGAUACAAAAGUACACUGUACAAGUGGCUGAAACUGACUACGACCAGUUUGCCAUAGUAUUCUUCCAGAAGACUGCUGGGAACAAGGAGUACUUCAAGAUUACCCUGUAUGGGAGAACCAAGGAGCUGCCUUCUGAACUGAAGAAGCGUUUCGCCAGCUUUGCCACCUCUCUGGGCCUCACAAAUGACCGUAUCGUCUUCUCUGUCCCCAUCGAACGAUGCAUUGAUGGCUGAACAGGCGGUGCCUCCUGUCUGCCCUCCGCCCCAUCUUCCCUGUUGCCAGAGAACCACCUGGUUGCCCCACCAGCCACAAUAGCAGUGAGCACUGGGUACCUCUUUUUAUUCAGACAGCCCUGCCCAUCCACCUGUUCCCAAAGCUGCCCCACUGAAGGAGCCUGCUCUUCUGCUAAAUAAACACGUCCCCAGUUC